CUGCUAAAGUCUCGCUUCGGACACACUUCCUUCCGGCCUCUGCAGAGGGAGGUCGUGAACGCGUGCCUUGCUGGCCGCGACGUGUUUGCCAUCCUGCCGACGGGCGGAGGCAAGUCGCUCACCUUUCAGCUGCCUCCACUGCUCGAGCCGUCCGGCGUCACCCUCGUCGUGUCGCCUCUCGUCUCGCUGAUGCAGGACCAGGUGCGCUCGCUCCGC